ACGAGAGACUGCAAAUUUGUUUCACCAUAGAUUUCUAUCCAUAUUUCCAGUUUAAUUAACUAGGAAGGUUCACAAACUACCAUGCCCAAAACCCCACAAUCUUCCUCACGCAUCCAUUUCUAGCAUUUGGUGAGCAAUUUAACUUGCCCAGCUAAUUAAAAUUCAGUUGCAGUUGUCGAGAAAAAUUCGCUUCUCCAAUGGCCGCCGCUCAAGGGCUGUCCGUGUUUCCAAUUACACCGUCUUCUUCAGCCACGAAUCAGUCUUGCAGGAAACCAUUUGAGCUGGUUUUGAGUUUCAAUCCUUCGACUUCUUUUACGGGCACGAAGUUAUCCGUUCAACCCUUGAGUUUCAAUCAGAUGGCUUCAAAACGACGUAGUUCCGCUGUCGCCACCAUCUCCUUCAGUCUACCUACCACAAAUAAAGAGGGGAUUGCUUCUGAUAAGAUGCCUAAAUGGUCAGCACGUUCGAUAAAGUCGUUUGCCAUGGGUGAGUUGGAAGCAAGGAAGCUCAAGUAUCCGAGUACCGGGACAGAAGCUCUGCUUAUGGGUGUUUUGGUCGAAGGAACCAGUUUUGCAGCAAAGUUUUUGAGGGAAAACGGUAUUACGCUUUUUAAGGUCCGAGAUGAGAUUGUGAGUUUGUUAGGGAAAUCCGACAUGUACUUUUUCAGUCCAGAGCAUCCUCCCUUGACUGAACCAGCUCAGAGGGCUCUCGACUGGGCAGUUGAAGAGAAGCUGAAAUCAGGUGACAGCGGCGAAAUAACAAGCGCGCAUUUGGUUCUUGGAAUUUGGUCACAGAAGGAAUCUGCAGGGCAUAAGAUAAUGGCUUCUUUUGGCUUUGAUGACGAAAAGGCCGAAGAAUUAGCCAAAAACAUGGAUAAGGAUGUAAUUUUCAGCUUCAGAUAAACUGCUUCGGUCGGGUCUGAAAAUCUCGCAAUCUUUUCGGUGGCAUCUUCAAGAGCACGAUGCUUCUUAUGUUUAUUUACAUUGGUAUGUUUUUUACACACUUGAAGAAGUUUUUGAUAAUAUUCUUUUAAAGAGAUUAAUUUACUAUUGAGUAAUUAAUGAAUUAAUAUUGUGGUGUGGUGGUGCACGCACGUGCGGGUGUUCAAAUAAUUAGGGUGAUAUAUAUAUAACAAUGAUGAUGCACGUGCUCAGUCAGGGUUAAUCGAAUUGGGUCACUGGGGUUGGGGUUAAUGCGUCAUGUUUUAUGUUCAUACAUGUUUGUAAGUAUUUGUCUUAAAUUGGGACCAUUACUUUUGUGGAAUGUCUACCAAAAGCAAGGCACAAACACUAA